GGAAACUAUACAUGCACGCGUAUACAAUUGCAAUUCAACCGUAUAGGGCUCUAUCAAAUGCGACAUACAAUCAAACACCAGGCGGGGUUGGGACUGGAAUAGGUACGCGCGUGCUUUCGGAAUACAAAGCUCAACACGAAAGCGUUGGGAAACCUCAUGGCACUAUAUCCGGGUCUACACCUGGAUCUGUUAAACCCAGUCAAGCACGGGGUGAGGUUGAAGCUACUUCGAGGGAGAAUGCGGCAAAACAAGGACCCACACACAUAAACGAGGACUCUCGAGUGAACGAACUGGUUGAGGGCCAGAACACAGGUAUACUGCAUACUCUGACGUGUCAGCUGCAGAGUGGUGCACUUGUACCUGCACAGUACGAGGACGCCAUGCACACCUUCAAAUGGUAUGAGAAGCCUGAUCUCAUUCUGAGGCUGCUUGAGACUAUGGCUGUAGCACCCCCGCGUGUGUGGCGCAGGGACCUACACUUCCAUGUGCCCAUGCAGGAGCUGACUAAAGCAGGGAUGUACGAGGGUGUGUUACGUGUGAGGGAUAUUAUAAAGCGUGCGUCUAACGAGCGUGGCGUUGCUGAUAGCGUGGGUGAUCGUAUAGCGAACUCCGCGGUGGGGGACACAGAGAGAGAGGCGUACGGGCGAGCGGUACACGAAAGUGCUGCACACACGACAGUGGCCUACGAACGUAUUGCACACGCAGACGUACCGCCAGAUAGUUCUUCCGUAAGCGGCCUACAGAAGAUACUCGGAGAGAAUUCCACACGAGUGCGUAUACAACCCACGUUAGAAACUACGAACUAUGUACUAGUUGCGCUGGGACACCUACGGAAACCUGACAAUGCAAUGGGCUUAAUUCGUCACAUGACGAAACAAGAGGAGACUCUCAGGCCCAAUAACGAGUCGUACGCUGCAGCCAUUAGCGCGUGCGACGUGUUUGGCACGGAUAUAAAUCGCGAGAUUGGCAGUGACCGCUCAGUUAGUGGGCUACGUACGUGGACUAUUCCUGAGGUCCGAGUAAACGAAAGUCAAGGUAUCACUAUGAUGGGUAGUAUAGUGGACAACAACACGGGGGCCAAUACCAGUGCACCCCUACGAUUACGUUCAACUUUUGGAACGGGCUCUGAAGGGACAUACAGACCUACUACCAACGGACGUAUUGCAGAUCUGGUGCAAGAUACAAAACCCAGUUCAGUGACCUCGGGUGCAAUCAGUAAUCGAAGCAAUGAUCCCAGGAUACGAGGAUACCUCUCUGAGAUACUAGACGGUGCCCUAGAACGGCGGAAGACUCUGAUGGUGCGUGCUCGUGCGGGUACUGGGGAAUGUGAUGGAGUCAGCGCUUUGGGAUGGUUAAGUAAGGGACUGGUACUGUGCAAUCGGAUGGGUGUGUACAAGACGUCGCAGAGGUAUCUGAGAGCGCUAGAGAAGUACUACCCUGAACAUAUCAGUGCGCGUACCUACAUACACGUGGCUAGCACGUGCGUGGAUGCUGGCCAGUGGAGGAUUGCUGAGCGAAUACUGGAAAAAGCUGCCAGUGCUCUUGAAGCCUCUCAACGCAUGAACAUAAACGGGUCAUUAGAUUCUGUAACGAACUCUGGAAACGACAUGACUUACCUUAGCUAUACGCCACUCCACGAGGUGUACGCGGAGAUGUGCGCGGAGAGUGCCGUACUAACCAAUGUAUGGCGUGAAUACGAGCAAUUCGGCAUUCUCAAUCUGAAGGGCCAUUCUCCUGUGCUGGCCGAAGCUGCGGUAAGAAGCCUUCAUCAUCGCACGCAGGACCGAGUGCACACAGUGGCGGGUGUGUAUGCACAUCACACACCCAGCCAUAGGCGCUCGGCUGCACUGUACGAUAUGCUUCGGCGGGAACUGAGUGUGAAGAAAGGGGCGAGGUUGUGGUUUCCUGACGAACUGGCAUCGAUCAACCCCCCAGGGGAACCGAUACAGACAGGAAGUAGCGCUAGCGUUUCAGAAUUAAAGGGUAGCGGAGGUAUACCUACACACUCACAGGUACAGAAUAGCUCGUCAGCAAAGGACACGAUAUAUGGCGCUGGUGAGACAUGCGAUGCGGCUGGGGAAAAGGGGAACAAUGAUUCACCCUGUGAUGGUGUGCUGAAGCUGUUGAAGGUGUUGAUGGACGAUAUCGGGGUACGGGAGCGCUGGGUGACAACCCCGCGAGAGAAGCAAGGCACUAACACAACCCGUGGCAAGGAUAGAAUACCGACAGAUACCAAGCAAGGAUCAGACAGUAUUAGCAAGCCAUUCGCUGAGAGUAGAGGCGUGCGAACAUCAGAAGGGCGAGCAACAGAUAGACGGGCGAGAAAUCCUGUUCGGGUUCUCGCUGCACAAUCGCAUGUGGGCUAUAGUGGGUCCGGGUUGUCUAUUUCAAGGUCGCGCUUGUUGCAAUUUGACCUGCGAGACUGGACGAUAGCGCAGAUCCUGGGCGAAAUGGCACGCCUAUGUACGGCGCAGAGGAAAGGCGAACGCCUAGGGGAGAUCCGCACAGAUAAGCAUAUCAGUGCAAAGGAUAUGUUGAGGACACACGAGGUCAGUGGACUAGUGCCCGUGGUUAAGGCCAUGCUACAUCGGAACAUGCGGCUAAACUCAAGAGAUGAGCUGUCGGUGGGCAUGGCUAUCCGAUUGCAGCAGAAGAACUGGAAGGAGGUUGUGCGCCUAUACAAUGUGAGCAACGGGGACGAGCUCAGCAUCGCACAUACCGGGUACGGUAUUAGCCGACUCAACUGUAUGGGUGGGCUUAUCCGAGCCAAUCCGCUUGCGGACGACGAAGCAUACAACACACUUCUGCAGGCACUCUUACACGGCAGACAGUGGCACGAGGCGGUUAACGUUGUCAAGAUCAUGCGCGAGCAUAGGUGUAUGCUGCGCCGAGACUCACUCCUGGAAGACGGGGUGUUCCGGCGGGAUACACGGGCGUUCAGUAUGGUGGUAACUGGGCUGUGCAAGCAGGCUGAAUGGAAUACUAUGGGCGAGGUUCUGGCGGAGAUGCGGAGGUGUGGGGCGAAAUGGGAUACUAGGACUUUCAACUGCGCCAUCUUGCGCGAGGCCCGGGUAGGGGAGAACGGGGGCACGGGUAUGGAAAUAUUUGAUGAUAUGCAGAGUUCUCGGAAUGUGUAUGCGGAUUAUGGGACCAUGGUGGCGGUGCUGGAUAUACUGGCAGCCGGGGAAAAGGAUAAAGAAGCGGAGGUGGACUCCAUGUACGAUGAGCUGUGUGACUCUGAGCUACUAAGUGAAAUUUGGUUCAGGUACGACACAACCGGGGAGCUGGAUGUACGCAAACACUCAUCGCGCAUGGUGCACGCGGCGGUCAGGCGUGCACUGAGACUGAGGUAUGACAGGUUGUAUUCACAGGUACAUGAUCGCCUAGUUGAGCGUCACCAAGCUAAACGGAAUGGUGAAGAAGUGGGCACAGGCGAUACGAGUGCUUUGGUACACUCGCUAAUAUAUAAGGAUGAGCAACUCCGUCGUCCGAUUACACUGCAACUCGCGAAGGAUAGUAGUAUACGCCAGUCGGAUAGGGGUGUACAAGGUGCAAGUGUUAUAGCCGGUAGACAGCCUUAUAUGGAUAAAACGACGAAUGAUAGCGUCAGUAUGCGCUCAAUGGUGAGAAACUGUGAUGGCGAAUGGGGUCGCGACCAACAUGGGAGGGUCUGGACGGUGGGCGAUGGUAUAGGGGUGGGUGUGCAUGGCGCUACAAUGGCUGAGGACGUAGCUGCACGCUUAGCGGGAGAUAUGGACCCCUCCGUGCGCUGUAGUGAAAGUGUGAAGCCGGACGGCUCUCGGGCGUUGGUGAUCGCACAUAUAGAUGUCAAGAAUUGGCUAGUGGUGAAUAUCAUGAAGGUCCUGAGGAAACUCAGGAAUCAGAGUCACUUGACGGGAAACAAAGACGAUACUUGAAAUUUGUAUGCGCUAGUUCGGAAUGUGUCUUGUGCUCUCAAUUAGGACAGACUUUGGUAAAGAAUAUGUUGGCGGUGGACAUACGAAGUUGCUGAUGAAGUCUAGGGGGUGAGGCCACUUGAAAGAAGAUAGUGGCGAUACUUGUCUUUUUCUGGCUGGGUAUGUCUCUUGCCACAAUUAAGGCAAAGGUAUUCGUAUAGGAAUAUACGAAGGUGCUAUUGAGGGAUCGAAAACAUGUGAAAGAGGAUAGGGACGUUACUUAUAAGUCAUGCAGAAUCUCGAUGCGAUCCACUGCUCAACGUGUCUUGUGGUUAAGUUAUGGACACAGAUUGUAAGAAUUAGCUUUGUAGCGGUGAAUACAAUAAAUCUUAG